CACCUCUAGCACUGUUUUCCGAACUUUACGAGAAAGAAGUACUAAAGUACUAUUAGUAUUUUUUUUUCGUUCAUCCUGAAAGUUUAGUGGACGCCCACUCGAUCCCCUAUCCCCGAAAUUCUGAAGUGUAUUUUGGCCCCAGGAACGGUUCUCCAGCAAACACCAAGCACCUUCCUUCCGAGCGGCAAACAAGCAGAUGAAGCACAUAGCCAAAGCAAUAAAGUAGAGCGCUAAGUUAGAGACAACAACAACAGCGAUUCAAUAUUCGGCGGUUUGUUUUUUGCCAGUGUGUGUGUGUUGUGCGAGAGUGUGUGUGACCGCGGACCGGCGCUCCAGUUGUUCCUGUUGUUGUUGUGGCUGCUCCAAGAAGGCUCACCCAGUCGCGAAUUUUUGGCAGGGCAUAUAUACACCGAAAGGAAACACAUCCCCAUACAUAUAUGUGACAACAAACGCCAGGGGAAAACUGGAAAGGAACGGAAAGGAAAGCCGAGCGAAAACAAUUGAGAAAUUAAGCCAGCAGCAGGGGCAGGAAGAUGGAUCUAAUCAAUACGGUCAGCAAUGUAUUCUGGAGUACGCACAUCUGGCUGCCGCCGAACACGACCUGGGCGGACAUAGCGCCCGGCUCGCGACCGGAUGUGGUGCACGCCAACUACAAGGACCUCAUCUGGCCCAUUCCAUUCGCCGCGGUCGUCAUGCUGGUCCGCUACACGCUGGAGCGUUUCUGGAUAUCGCCCGUGGGCAAAUCACUGGGCAUCCGCAGUUCUAGACCUAAGAAAGCGGCAAAUGUUCCUAUUCUGGAGACGGCCUAUGCCAAAUCGACGCGGCUGGACCACAAAUGGCUGGCUCCGCUGUCCAAGCAGACUGACAUGAGCGAGCGCCAGAUCGAGCGCUGGUGGCGCCUGCGAAGGGCCCAGGACAAGCCGUCGACGCUGGUCAAGUUCUGCGAGAACACCUGGCGCUGCAUCUACUACCUGUACAGCUUCAUCUUCGGCGUGAUCGUGCUGUGGGACAAGCCCUGGUUCUGGGAUGUGAAGAGCUGCUGGUACGGCUACCCGCAUCAGUCGAUCAGCAACGACAUCUGGUGGUACUACAUGAUUUCGAUGUCCUUCUACUGGUCCCUCACCGGCACCCAGUUCUUCGACGUGAAGCGCAAGGACUUCUGGCAGAUGUUCAUCCACCACAUGGUCACCCUGCUGCUGAUGUCGCUCAGCUGGGUGUGCAACCUGCACCGCGUUGGCUCCCUGGUCCUCGUUGUCCACGACUGCGCCGACAUCUUCCUGGAGGCCGCCAAGCUCACCAAGUAUGCCAACUACCAGAAGCUCUGCGACGCCAUCUUCGCCAUCUUCACGGUGGUCUGGAUCGUGACGCGCCUGGGCUUCUAUCCACGCAUCAUCUACAGCUCAUCUGUGGAAGCACCGCGCAUUCUGCCCAUGUUCCCAGCCUACUACAUCUUCAACUCAUUGCUUCUGAUGCUGCUCGUUCUGCACGUCAUCUGGACAUACAUGAUCCUCAAGAUCGUUGUCGACUCUCUGCAGAAGGGUCUGAUGUCCGGUGACAUACGUUCCAGUGAUAGUGAGGAUCUCACAGACAGUUCGGAGAACGCACGCCUGGCCAACGGCUCGGCGCGCUCCAAGAACAAGUCGAACAGCGGUGCGCCGGCCGCCGGAGGAGCAGGCGGCGCCACCCAGCGCAAGUCCAACAAUGCCAACAACCACACGACCGAGGAGGCCGGAGGAGCUCCGACGGCGGCGGCCCAGUAGGCUGGGAUGCGGGUGACUGGGGGCGCACGGAGCGCGGCGGAGCAGCCGGUGGCCACCAGUGGAUGGAGGCAGUACCACAACCAGUACCAGCACCAGCACCAGCAGUAGCGGGCGCAUUUCCCGAGGGGCAGGAGCAACAACAACAGCAAACAAACAAAAGCAACACACACCCCACACACACCCAACACACACACAUACAAAAACCAAACCAGUUCAGAACGUUUUUAUGUUAAUUAUUAUUUUUUAUAUAUAAAUCAUUUUUUUUAAGAUAAACAAAAAGAGCAAAACGAAAACCAAAAGAAAUUUCAAUAAAUGCGAGAAAAUUUAUGCGUAACGAUCCAC